AUGGUUAAGGUCUGGAAUAUAGCGCUGCGUUUGUUGGUAUUGCUGUUUUUGGCAGGUAACACCCUGCUGUUAAUUCUUAUGAUUAUAUCUGGUGCUACGGACCACUAUCCCGUGAACAGGUUCUACUGGAUACAGGGAAACACCACGGGCAUUCCUAAUGCGGGAGCCGAGACCCGUUGGACCUUCUGGGGCGCCUGUCUGCAGGACACCGAUGGCUCAGACACCUGCUCGAGCAAUCUGGCCCCUGCCUACCCCAUCUCGCCUGUAGACAACUUCAACACGCACGUCAAUGUUCCUCAUCAGUUUAUUUCGAAAAGAGACGCCUUCUACUACCUGACUAGGUUUUCCUUUUGUUUCUUCUGGAUCGCGUUGGCUUUCGUGGGUGUGUCUUUCGUCCUUUACAUUCUGACUUGGUGCUCCAAGAUGCUAUCGAACAUGGUCGUCGUCCUCAUGUCCUUCGGGGUUGUUUUCAACACCGCCGCAGUUGUCCUGCAAACAGCUGCCUCAGUAAUGGCAAAAAACGCCUUCCACGACGGUGACCGUAGCGCCAAGCUGGGUGCCUCCAUGAUGGGUAUGGCAUGGGCAAGUGUCUUUUUAUGUAUCGUGGAGUUUGUCUCGCUUGCCGUUUUCUUUGUCAAAUCAAGACUCGCUUCCGACUACUCCAUCGAUAAUACAAGAUACAGGACAUCCUCCAAAUGGAACCCCUUCCGCAGAGAAAAGGAGCAAGCUACCGAUCCCAUCCUGACUACCGCUCCCGAUGACGUUCAACAAAAUGCAAGCAUAGUGGGGCCCUCUUCUAAUACCAAUGCGGUCACUGCGACUGCUGCUACGGAAAACCAGCCGCAACCUAAAGGUAUCAACUUCUUUACUAUAAGAAAGUCGCACGAGCGUCCGGACGAUAUCUCUGUCUAG